UCAAAACAAAGUACUUGUUUUCAUAUUGAUAGUUUUUGAGAUAAAGGAAAUAUUUUGUAAAUUAUUUAUUAGUGUAAAAGUUGUUAAGUUAUAAAAAUGUGCGAUGUUCAUUUUAACUAGAUUCAAUAAAAUAUUUCUGAUUGUGGCUUCGGUUUAAAUAUGCCUGGUGAUGUUUUUAAAUGUGUAAAUUGUAUAAAAAUGGAUUAUAGCGUGGAAGAAGGACUUAUGCCGAGGGAAGUUGUAGAGUUUGAUUUCGCUGAAGAUGCCUUGGACUACGAGGUUCGCAAUAAACAUUGGAUGCGGGGAUCCGGAGUCUCGCGGAGACAUCGCGGUACACUUCAACGUGCGGCUGCCACAGAGUUACGUGGUGCGUAACACACGUAGACAUGACAAAUGGGGGUCAGAGGAGACCACCGCAUUUAGAUUAUUUCCUUUCAAAGUAGACCGUCCCUUCACUAUCGAGGUGUUGGUGGACGAGAAGGAGACGCUCUGGGCGGUGGACGGCGAGCACUACUGCAGCUUCGCGCACCGCAACCCUUCGCCGCUCGUCGCUGACUGGCUGCAGGUCACUGGCAUCAGGGACACCGACCUCAAGAUACAAAAGACUGAUAUAUACCCCUCCACAAGUCCGCCUGUUUUUGACAUUCCAAUGAGAGAAAGCGCAACGCAUCCAAGACAAAAAGACGAACCGAUUUGGCGACCUAACGUAAUUGCUAAGUUGCCAAAUGGUAUUCCUGAAGGAUACCAGUUAGUUAUUUACGGCAGGUAAAUUGAGAAACCGAGUCGUUGUUUACCAUUGCUAUUAUU